UUCUAAAAGGAAGUGUGUGUAGUGCAUAUUUUGUUAAUAAUAAAUAACAAUUAGUAAUUUGAAUUAAAUAAAGUUUUAUUUAUCAAUUUUUUAACAGAUAUACGAAUAUAGAAUUUAUACGGCUAUUGGAAUGUGAAUCUUUAUUAAAAGUUUGGUGUAGUAUCACAUUAAUUAUAUGGAGUUUCCCCGCGUAGUAUUAUUUUGAAAAUAAGCUGCUUGUGAUCGAGCAAUAACCUGUCGAAAUUCAAAAAUUUGUUAUUUCUUUAUGUACUCUUGUCUGUAUUGUGCGGAAAAAGAUAUUAAUCGGGUUAUUGAAAUGGAAUGUUUCAUUUAUAUUAUCAUGCAUUAAUAUCACGAUUUCUCAUUCUGUCGAUCGUUUUCAUUGUAAGAAUGACUUAUAUGUACAUUGUACAUACGUAAUAAAAGUGUUUUCCAAAUAUGUAUUUAUAAAGGAAGUUCAUAUGAUACUUUUAAUUUUGAUGUAUAUUUUAUCUACAUAUAUGCGUCUGAAGUUGUGCCUUUAGAAAAGAAUUUAAUUUCGAACACCAUGUCAAAGCGCAAUAAACCAUCUAAACAUAGAAUUUGCUGCUUCUGUAGAUUAUCAGAGAAUAAUGAAUUGGAAUUUGGAAAAUUUUAUGAAGAUGGUGAAAUCGUUACACAUUAUUAUUGUUUGCUUUUAUCAUCAAACAUGCAACAGAGAGGAAAGGAUGAUGAAGGUAUUUUAGGAUUUUUGAAAACAGAUAUAAAGAAGGAAAUUAGCAGGGGCAAAAGAUUGGUAUGUUCAUACUGCAAAAAAGCUGGUGCCACUUUGGGAUGUUGUAAUGUAAAAUGUAAAAAAAUAUUUCAUUAUCCUUGUGGGCUAAGGGCUGGAACCCUAAAUCAAUUUUUUGAUGAAUUUAGAUCAUAUUGUAUAAAACAUAGACCAAAACAGAAAAUAGAUGCUCGUGUCAAAAUUGAAUUGUCAAAAACCAAUAAAGUAGUAUGUUGUAUAUGUUAUGAUGAAGUAGAUCCUUAUGAUACAGUUGGUACAAUGUGGGCUCCAUGCUGUAAAAAAAAUGCAUGGUUUCAUAGAAAAUGUGUUCAGCAACUGGCUAUGAGUGCUGGUUAUUUUUUUAAGUGUCCUUUAUGCAAUAAUAAAAAUUCAUUUCAAAAGGCAAUGUCAGAAUUUGGUAUUUUUAUUCCAAGUCAAGAUGCUUCUUGGGAACUCGUACCCAAUGCAUUUGAAGAACUUUUAUACAGACAUGAUCAAUGUAAUGCUCCAAUAUGCUUAUGUCCUAAAGGUAGAAAAUAUACAAGUUUUAACGCGAAAUGGGAAUUAGCUCUUUGUCGAACUUGUGGUUCACAAGGAACUCACAUGGCUUGUGGACAGCUUAAAUGGGCUAAUCCUGUUUGGGAAUGUGGAGAGUGUAUUUCUAUUUUAGGCAAAUCUAAGGCGACUGCUAGUUCAAGCACAACAAAAGAUACAUUACAGAAUGUUUCUAAUUUCGAAGAUUCUGACAGUGAUAUUUCUGUUGGUAAAGACUCACCUAUACCAUUUGCAUCAAGUUCACCACUUAUAAGUUCUGCAUCACAAUCACCAAUAAUUAAACAACGUCCUGGUCCUCGAAGUUUUAAAUUAAGACAACUUAAACUAAUUGAAGAAAUGCAAAACAAUAAUAAGUAUCGAACCAGAGCAAAUAUAAAUACCAUGUUGAAUCCAACGAAUGUGGAAAGGCACAGCCUGCAGUCUACAAGUACUAAGGAAAGUUUUAUGAGUGUGUCAAGUUCAGUAACAGCUUCAAUGUUACAUAAUUAUGAAGAUAGUUCCAAUUCUUCAAUUUGGCAUUCCAAAUCACAACUGGACAAACAAGUUGAUAUUAUUACACUCGAUAGCGAUGAUGACAUUAUAGAGGCCAGUAAUUUUAUUUCAUUAAAUAACGUGUUUAUUGAUGCUAAUGAAAGUGAAAAUUCUUUAUCUUCGUUUAAAAGAAAUAAAGUCGAAUCUAAUAAAAGUAAUACUAUAUACAAUUCUAAUCUAUUAAAAACAGAAAAAUUACAAGAAAACAAUCAAAAUCAAACAGAUACUAAUAAUUCCCUGAUAAGCAAUUUAAAUGUAACUGAAUUUGAUAAUUUAAAGAAAUUCAGUCCAGAGAAUAAAACAAAUUUUAACAUUUUGGAUAAUGUAAUACAAUUAAACGAUGAAAAUGAACACAAUUGUACUGAUUUUACUCCAAAUAUCAAAGUUACAGAUGUAGUUUCAUUGGCAUCCAAAGAAUUUGAGAAUCUAUCAUCUAUUGAACUAGAACAAAAGAUCAAUAAUCCAACAACACAAAAUAGGGAUGGAUUGAUAAGUAAUAAUUCACUGCUACAACCUUCAUGUAAUAUUUUAAAAUUAAAUUUAAAAAGAAAACGUGAUAAAAGUAUAUCGUUACCAAUAGCUUCAUGCAUAAGUGAACCUAAAAAGUUGCGGGAAACUAAUAGUGUAAUGGAAGAAACAUCACAAACAUCACACAUACCUUUACAUGCUUUUAUGUAUGUUACAUCCAAUAAAAAUAAUCUAAAAAUUAGUAAUCAUAAUGAGGAUAGCACUUCGAUAGAUGAAUUUCAUUUGCAAAACAAAAAAAAACAUAUUCAAAUUAAACAAAAUUGUAAUAAGAAUCAAGAUAUUCCACAUACGUCUAGUGCAAAAUGUUCAUUAAAAAUGAAUGCAUCAAAUAAUAUAUUCAUUAAUAAUACUGAUACAAACAAAGAAAAAUUUCAUAUAUCUGUAGAUACUGAAAUGAAUAAAAUAUCUCAAAAUAUUAAAGUUAAUAAUAACAUAAAAGAUUGUGAUGAGGAUGGAGGUAUCAGCCCUGUUAUUGAAUCAAGUAACAGAAGUUUCACAGAUGAUGCAAGAAUUAAUUGCAUUGAAAAACCUAUCACAUUAGACCAUUCAAAACCAAAAAGAUCACAAAUAACCGAACAAUGGAAACCUCAGAACGAUGUUGAAAUGCUUAUUCUAAAACAACACAGAACAUCAAAUAAUAAAUUUCACAAUAUGUAUUGGCAAGGGAAAAGUGAAUCCACAGACAGUAAUUAUUCUCAAUUAAUACCAGAAUAUGUGUGUUUACGUGAUCUUAAGUUUCGUGUAUCUAAUAUAAAUAAUCUGCAGAUGAUCUUAUAUGAUAAAUAUUCUGUAAACAUUAAUAUGGAAUGUGUAACUACUACAAGGAAGAACACUACAUUUGAUGUACCAAUAAAAAAGGUUGCUCCACAAUGUAUUUUUAAAACACAAAAUGAUACUUUCCUAAAUGUUAGAUCUGGAAAUAUUUAUAGCAAUAAAGACAAAAACACAAGCAUAUUUGUUAAUGAAUACUCUGAACAUGAUCAAGAUGAUAUAAAGGAAAAUCUGGAUCCAGUAAUAACAAUUCCUUGCAAAACUACAAAAGAUGAUUUACUAAUUAAUGCAACAUUAGUUACAAAUAAUCCAAAUGUUUUUACAAAUAACAAUAAUCAAAGUGAGAAUAAAACAAUUGAGCAUAACGAUGGAGGACGAAAUCAUGAAACUAUUAGAUUAAGUGACGACAUUAAAAAUAACUUCGAUGCCAUUACAAGUUGUAACUAUAAUUGUGGUAGAAGUAUUAAUGAUGUAGAACAAAAUAUUCAAAAUUUAAACUUUGAUGAUAUUAUAAACAGAACAUAUGAAAUACACAGUAUGAAAAAAGGUUUGAAAACAGAUUUUAAAGUAAGUAUUGAUUUAAAAAAGAUUAAAUGUUUUGUCGAUGAUAAUCCAGACUUGUUCUCAAGAUAUAAAAAAGAGGAUAGUAAAAGGUGCAUUCAACAAACAAAUUUUUUAAAAGAACAAAAUAAUAUACAAACAAAUUUUAACUCACCAGAACAUGUAAAAAAUUCAAGCAUAGAUGAAUCAAAACAUGAUGAAAAUUCUACAUUAUCUACAUCUAAAUAUGUAAUAAAAGAAUCGACAAGUCACAACACUGAAACUGAAAAAGAUUGAAGAUUUCAUUACUGAAAUGAAAUCCUUACAAUAAACAAUACAUAUUGGUAUUUUGUCGAAUAGUUAGAAAUGUGAUUUAAGAAGUACUAGUAAGAAAUUGUUUAAAAUAAUAUAUUUUCAAUAUUAUAAUAUAAAUAUGUACAUAGAAAACUCGUAUUUUAAAACCUAAAGCGGUAUUUAUUUACAAAACGUUAAAAGCACGUUUAUACAUGGUACAUUCAUUAACAAUAUAAUUUCAUAAAAUAAAUAUAUCACUUUUGUAUGCAACAUUUAAAAAUGUAAGGAUAAUACAAGAAUAAUUUGUAAAUUUUGUAAAAUUACAUAUGUACGUACAUAUAAAUACUCGCACAUACAAAAUGUACCAGAGUGGGUAAUAUGUGUAACUGGACAAAAGAUGAGUUUAUAAACAAAGACAAAUUGAAAAAAAGGAUAACCUUUUAAUUUCAGAUUUUUUUCUACAGAAAGUCGAGUUUGAAAAUUUAGACUACUCAGCUCAUUCCUGAUCGAAUUGAUUGUGUCUGUCAAUGACUAUUAUUUCAAAUUUGAAGUACCGAAAAAGAAGCUUGAAACGAAAAGUUUUAUUCUACACUUUUGAUUUACCUUUAUUUGUAGAAUAAAUUCUUACCCGCUUGUACCACCCUUAUUCAAUUGAAAGUUAGCUACGUGCAUACGUAAUAGAAAAAUUUUCAAAUAUUAUUUUUUUCAAAAUAAAAUCUCAACUAAGAAUCUUCAUCUUUCUCGACUUACUUUUGUAUAUAAAAUAACUUUUUACCUGAUUACCAUCUCUCCUGAUAUAUUCUACAAGAUGUUAAAAAUAUACAUAUUUGAAAAAAUA